AUGACUGCGAUCUAUGCAUCUCUUGGUUCAUUGCCUAUAGAGCUUGUUUAUCGUAUUCUUGAUAAUCUUGAUGAUUUAACAAUUGUCAUGUCGCUUCGUAAUGUUUGCUCUCGACUAAAUUUAAUUAUCGAUACGUAUCAUCGAUAUCAGACACUCACGAUGUUGAAUAUUGCAAAUCUACGAUGGAAAACUCAAGGAUUACCAUGUUUAUAUAAUUUAUUAUUAAAUAAUACAAUUCUCGUCACAUUAGAUCUUUCAUACAACAGAAUAGGUGACGAGGGCACAUGGUUUCUAGCAAAUGCAUUAAAAAAUAAUAAAGUUUUAAUUUCACUAAACCUUGCAAAGAAUGAUAUUGGUUUUAACGGUGCGCAAUACCUAGCUGAUGCACUACGCGAAAAUACGACACUUGGCGCCAUUGUACUAGAGUUUAACAAUAUUGGUUCUCAAGGAACAGAAUAUUUGGUUCAUGCACUUAAUCAUAAUAGAUCACUAAAUAUAUUGAAUCUGCGACAAAACAAAAUUAGUGCUGACGGUGUAAAAUAUUUGUCUCAAGCACUGCAAAAUAAUGAAACACUCAAAACAUUAGUAUUUGAUCUAAAUCAUAUUGGACAACAAGGUACACAAUAUCUAGCUGAUGGAUUAGAAAAUAAUAAGGCAUUAACAACAAUUCAAUUAGGAUAUAACGCAAUAGGCGUUGAAGGAACAAAAUUGUUAUCGAAUGCAUUACAAAAGAAUACAACACUUAGUACGUUGGCACUCGAAGUAAACCAUAUAGGUUAUGAAGGAGUAAAAUAUUUAGCUAAUGCAUUAGAAAAAAAUAAGACAUUAGCGGUAUUAAAUUUACGGUGGAAUCAAAUAGGUAAUCAAGGAGCUCAAUAUCUAGCGAAUGCAUUACAAAAUAAUACAAUGCUUACCACAUUAAAUAUUAUGAUGAAUGAUAUUGACUCUAAAGGAGUAAAACAUCUGACGGACGCAUUACAGAAUAAUAAAACGCUUAUGACUCUGUACUUUGGUGGUAACAAAAUAGGUCUUUUGGGGGCACAAUUUUUAGCUGAUUUAUUAAAAACUAAUACUGCAAUAACUGAGCUAAUGCUAGAAGGCGACGGGCUUGGUGAUCGAGGAACACAAUAUUUAGCUAAUGCAUUAGAAAAUAAUAAUGUAGGGCGACUUCAUGAAUAA